CCCCCAUGGCACCGACCCCCCGCGACCCGCCCCAGAUCGCGCGCCGCGCCAUCGAGCCGUCGACCGUCAAGGAGAGCAAGGAUGUCAUUGGGGCCAUCAGCACGCAGAAGGCGCGCCGGAAUCCAGAGUACGCCCGCUCCAUUGUCUCCGCAUACGUCGAGCUCAAGCGCGCCAAGGGCCGCUCGGCGCGCAAGAUCGACACCAAACUGCUCAUCAUCGAGUCGCAGAUGCCCUGUGCAUCCCUCGCAGACGUCUUCAUCUCCGUGAGGGAAGACUACAACCUCCCGCCGUCCGAAGUGAUCGAGUACCUCGAGCAGAGGAGACAGGAGCGCGAGAACAAGUACUGGGAGGUACAUGGCCCGCCGCCCAUGUACGGCGACGGCGACGAGCCGCCCAGCUACGGUGUCGCGGCCGUCGCCGACGCCUAGCCAGCCGAGCCAUGUGCUACAUACAUGACGGGACGAUCACUAGUGCCCCUGCCCCGCAGUGGCACCGCCGCCCGCCGCCGCUGCCGGUACAAGCGCCGGCUGGCUCGGAGGAGUACGACAUGGACGGAUUUAGAACAGCUGCAGACUACAGCGACUAGAGUUGGCCGAGCGGCCGCCGACAAGCAGAGAGAGAGGAUCAGAAGACACAAGCAAGCAAGCAAGCACGCACUGUACAAUAUCAAUGCAUG